AUGUUUGAGUCUAACCGAAGUCGUCUAUCGUUAUUUUGUAAUGUGAGGAUUGGAUCUGAUUUGUCUGUGGAAGAAUUGACGAGAUACUACGAUGCGGUAUUGUUAUCGUAUGGUGCCCAUCAUCCGCGCCAUCUCUCAAUACCUGGAGUUAAAUCUAAGAACGUUAUGUCAGGCUCGGAUUUCGUUUCAUGGUACAAUGGUGUUCCUAACGCUAAGGUUCCUGUUUUAGAUGAUCCAAAUGUGGUAAUCAUUGGAAAUGGUAAUGUUGCGCUUGACUGUGCAAGGAUACUGUCAAACGUGAAGUCACUUCGAACCACAGACGUUCCCUCAGAUGUUCUAGUCAUUCUUGAAGGCUCUAAAGUGAAAAAUAUCAAAAUCAUUGGACGUAGAGGGCCAGAAGAUGUGAGUUCCACGUUUAUGUUAUGGUGUGAGUUUAUUCGGAACUAUCGUCCGCGGGUUUUUCUUGCACAGGUCUCAUUCACUAUAAAGGAACUUCGUGAACAAUUCAAAGUACCAGAGUGGAAUACAACAGUUGAAAUGGAUGUAGAGCAGUUUGAAAAGUUGAAGGAUGCAGUUGGAACUAUGGAGAGACGAAGGAAAAGGCUUAUGAAUGUUCUCCUAGAUGGCGUGAAGCCUCCUGAAGGUGGCAAACAAUGCCGUUUUUUAAAUUUCCGCGUUCCAGAAGAAAUAGUGGCAGAUUCCGAUGGUCGAGUUUGCGCAAUACGGGUUCUGAAUAAACGAACAGGCAAUAAAGAAGAAAUUCCCUGUGGGCUUCUAAUAUGCAGUAUAGGCUAUCGGACGGUAGUCCUUGAUGGAAUUCCCGUGAACGACAAGAGUAUGAUGGUCAUGAAAGACGAAUGUCGCGUUGAUAUGCCAUGUGGUUCACUUGUGUACGCAGCCGGAUGGUGCGCUCACGGGCCACGAGGUGUUAUUGUCGAUACACAACAAGAAUCCAUUGCAGUCGCGAACGAAAUUGCUACUGAUCUAUUGAAGAAAACUGAUGUGAAGGGUUUUCCUCAAGGUGCACAGCCGCUUUUGGAUGCCAGAGGUAUAAACUACAUAACAUGGGACGACUGGAAGAGAAUUGACGACAUUGAACUGAAGCAUGGUGUUGAGAAGGGCAAGAUUCGUGAGAAAUUGACAAAGUUUAAUGGGUUUGUCAAGAAGUCGGUGUAA